AUGGAUGAAACUACGUCCAUGAGAAUCCACGCUCUUGCUGGAAUUCAUCCCAGCCAGAAUCCAUACGCAAAGCCAGCUGUGGCAAAUUUUAAUUCAAACGCCGAGGACCAAGGACGGCUUCUGCUAUCUCAUUUUGAAGAAUCAGAACCGCCUCCGAAACGUAUGCGAAUCUCGAAUGGACUUGCCGAAGCGCCGCCAUCUAUCUCCUUUGAGGCGGAGAAGCAUCCUGUGACUCUCGAUGAUGUCCAGCCUACGGUCAUUGGGAAUGGAAUUCAUACUCUCAAUUGCCCUUUAGGGCAGUCACAUACCGAUGGAUACCAACACCCUGUCGCAUCUUCCACAACAACAUCUUCGAAAUCCUUGAAGCUCAGCAAAUCCACAACACCCCCAACGACCCCAUCUCAGGUUUUUUCCACGCCACCAAUUUCUUCGGGGGUUAACAUUUUGGUCAGUACGAAGGUUGAUUUGUCCAAGUGCCGACCACGAUCAUCCAUCCCAGCGAAGCUGCCGCCGGCUAUCUAUGCGCAGCAAUGUGUAGCAGCAGCCUAUGCAUCUCGACUCGACCCGUACGCAUUGCAUGAAAACGAACAAGCUUUGUUGCAGGACCGCCUUUGCCACAUGCACGUUACCGUCUAUCUCAACAUCCGAAACGGCAUUUUGCGACUAUGGACGCGGAACCCGAUGGUCAGUGUCACCAGAGAAGAGGCUUUAGGCUGUGCAAAGGACUAUCGGUGGAUGAAUCUGGCUGGUUUUGCGUAUGACUGGCUAGUACGCCAUGGGUACAUCAAUUUCGGCUGCGUUGAAAUUCCGAUUCCGCCAGUGCCUCCCAGACGUGGCAGACGCAAGGACGGACCUACCGUUCUUGUUGUGGGAGGUGGUGUUGGAGGUCUUGGUUGUGCACGUCAGUUGGAGGGGUUGUUCCGCCACUACCGAGAUGCAGAUACUGCUCCACGCGUUAUUGUGCUCGAGGGACGUCGAAGAAUCGGCGGAAGAGUCUAUUCACACCCACUGCAUAGCCUCCAGUCAAAUAUGCUUCCACCGGGUCUUGCUCCCAAGGCGGAAAUGGGCGCUCAGAUCAUUGUUGGCUUUGAGCACGGCAAUCCGCUUGAUCAGAUCGUUCGUGGUCAAUUGGCUCUUCGCUACCACUUGUUACGUGAUCUAUCCACGAUUUACGAUAUUGAUGGUUCACCUGUGGACGAAGUACGAGAUUCAAUGGAUGAAAAGCUGUACAAUGAUGUUUUGGAUAGGACUGGGUUCUAUCGCCACAAUGCGAUGGUGAAGCCCACUGCCGAAGGUGACCGCGAUUUGAUUGAUAGCGGCCGUGAAACGACUACGGAUGAUGGCCUUACUGUAAGACAAUAUGAAGAUGCGCGCGCGGCAGGUACUAUUGAUCUACUCGUCCCUACGAAGCGCGUCCGUCGACGUCGAGGAGUUGGACAUAAGACAGCAGAGAUCAAACCGAACGAUGUGUCAGCGGACCUUGUGGGUUCUUCAGAAGAGAAUCCGGCUGCUUUGGCGUGUCAGGCUACGGGAUGGAAGCUGAAACCGGGCUACUCUGCCACCGAUACAUUGGAACUGGAUGACAUCGUCAGUCAGACGCGCACUCCAACCCUUGGGGCUGUGAUGGACGAGGGUGUCAAACAAUACCAGCGCAUGCUUCCUUUGACACCCAAGGAUAUGCGUCUCUUGAACUGGCAUUUCGCCAACCUCGAGUAUGCGAACGCCACAAAUAUCAACAAACUCAGCUUGUCUGGAUGGGACCAGGAUAUUGGUAAUGAAUUCGAGGGCGAGCAUUCGACAGUCAUUGGUGGCUACCAGCAAUUACCAUACGGAUUAUAUUCCUUGCCCACUAAGCUGGAUGUGCGCAUCAACAAGAUUGUGACCCAGAUCUCGUAUGAUGCAAACGGAUCUGGAAAGCACAAAGCAACCGUCCAAUGCGAAGACGGAGAGAAAUUCAUGGCCGACCAUGUUGUGUACACUGGCUCUCUUGGCACCCUCAAACAUCGCACUAUCAACUUUGAUCCUCCUCUGCCUGAGUGGAAGUUGGGAGCAAUUGACAGGUUAGGUUUUGGUGUCAUGAACAAAGUUGUUCUUGUGUUUGAUCAGCCAUUCUGGGAUGUGCAGCGCGACAUGUUUGGUCUGCUUCGCGAACCGACAACUCCUGAUAGUAUGGCUCAGGAAGACUAUGCAACCAAUCGAGGCCGAUUUUACUUGUUCUGGAACUGCUUGAAAACAACCGGGCUACCCGUCUUGAUCGCGCUCAUGGUGGGGGACGCAGCACAUCAAGCCGAGAAUACGCCCGACGACGAGAUCAUUACUGAAGUCACGGCGCAACUUCGGAACGUCUUCAAGGACGACGUUGUGCCGGACCCCCUUGAGACCAUCAUUACUCGCUGGGCGUCAGACCGGUUCACUCGCGGCAGCUAUUCAUAUGUGGCUGCAGAGGCACUUCCCGACGACUACAAUCUCAUGGCUCAAAACGUAGGCAACCUCCACUUUGCUGGAGAGGCCACCUGCGGAACACACCCAGCAACCGUUCAUGGUGCAUAUCUCUCAGGGCUUCGUGCAGCCUCAGAAGUGAUCGAGACCAUUAUCGGACCGAUCGAAAUCUCUGAGCCUCUCGUCCCCGAAAAGCCCUCCGUCAGCGCGGCUCAAACACCCACGGGCCCGAUGACCACAGCACGGAAUGCAGCCGACCCUCUAUCUACAGCCGCAAACCCAACAAAUAUCACCACCUCCGCACGCAAUCCUCACUCCACCGACAAACAUCGUAAAGACACCUACGACCAAGCGAUGUGGACAGUAAUCUACGCUGAAAUUGGCUCAGCGCCUCUCCGGCCGCAAAAAGCAGGCCUCAACCCCUUCCUCUCUGUACCAAAAGGACUAUUGGGCCAAAUGCCGCGACCAAUGUGGCGCAAGGCCGACCCAGCCGAGAAGCAGCCGUACAUUGAUCAAGUGCAUACGAACCGGCGCACGAAUGAAGAGCAAUGGGAGCAAUACAAGGCGAUUUAUACGGAAUGGGAGCGGAGGUCUUAUGAAAUCAAGGAUCGGUGGUGCGCGCAAAACCCCUAUGAGCAGUGGGAGGCGCCGCAGUCCGGCUUGGAAUAG